UAUCAUACAACUCCCUGCGACUUUUGCGAGGUGGGCGAACAAGCAUUCCAAAACACAUCAAAUUGCACCAAAAUCCACCAAACACACCGAUACUCGCCAACCAUGUCCCUCAACGGUAAAGUAGUCCUCAUCACCGGCGGCUCUAAGGGCAUCGGACGCGCCACCGCCGAGCGGGUAGCCGCCGACGGCGCCUCCGUCGUCAUCAACUACCUCUCCGACAGCAAAGCCGCCAACGAGGUCGUGUCCCAGAUCGGCGCCGACCGCGCGCUGGCCGUGCAGGCGGACGCCUCCAAAAUCGCCGACAUGGAAAAGCUGGUCGCGGCAGCCGUCGACCGAUUCGGCAAAAUCGACGUCUUGAUGCCCAACGCCGGCCUGAUGCGGAUGCACGAUCUGGCGCACACGUCGGAGACGGACUUCGACCAGCACUUCAACCUAAACGUCAAGGGCCCGCUGUUCCUGGCGCAAAAGGCCGUCGCGCACAUGCCGUCGUCGGGCGGGCGCGUCAUCUUCGUGUCGUCCGGCCUGGCGACGUCCAGCAGCGUGCAGCCGGGCCACCUGCUGUACGCGGCGACCAAGGGCGCCGUCGAGCAGAUGGUGCGCACGCUGGCCAAGGAGCUGGCGCCGCGGGGCAUCACCGUCAACGCGGUGGCGCCGGGCCCGACCGCGACGGAGCUGUUCUACAACGGCAAGAGCGAGCAGAUGGUGGAGGCGCUCAAGAGGCAGAGCCCGUUUGCGAGGUUGGGCGAGCCCGCCGAGAUCGCGGGCGUCGUGGCGUUUUUGGCCGGCGAGGAGAGUAAGUGGGUGUCGGGCCAGACGCUGCGCGUGAAUGGGGCGAACAUGGUGUAGGUUGCACAUGGGGUGAGGGAUGGAGCGAGGUAAAAUAGCAUUGAUGUAUAGGGGUAUUCUAACGACAAAAUACG